UGAAGCUGCUCGGGGUUCGAUUCAUCAGACUUAGCGGCGUGUGGCGCAGGUUGUGCAAGUAGCUGAGUUUCUAAACACCGAAAAGCUCAUUUUAGUUUAGUGAGUUUAGUUAAUUCGGGUUAGUUAGAAUUAGCUUAUCCAUCGAUCGAUUAAAAAAUGGCCGGGGAGUCGGCGAAAUUGUCUAAAAACCUGCUGAGGAUGAAGUUUAUGCAGAGAGGGCUGGACGCUGAAACGAAGAAGCAGCUGGAAGAAGACGAGAAAAGGAUCAUCAGUGAUGAGCACUGGUACCUGGAUCUGCCGGAGCUUAAAGCAAAAGAGAACCUGAUCAUUGAAGAGAAGAGCCUGGUUCCCUGUGAGGAUUUGCUCUAUGGCCGCCUGUCCUUCAAAGGGUUUAAUCCAGAGGUGGAGAAACUGAUGGUGCUGCUGAAUCCUAAAGAUGAAAAGGAGGAAGAGGAGGAGGACGUGAGCUGCAUGCAGACAGACGUCACUGAUGAAGAAAUGGCUCUGAGGUACGAGAGUUUAGUGGGAACCAUGAAGAAGAAGUUUGCAAAGAAGCGCGAGCGAGCGGCGAUGGACGAGGACGACGUCAACCAGAACGUAGUUGUGAAAAGCUCAAAGAAAACCUUCUUGAAGCCCCAGGACUGAAAAUAUUUUAAUCGUGAGGAAAAACUGGAAUGUCGGAAACUAUAAACUGACCGGACGCUACACCGUUCAGUCGUCUCUGUGAGACGCAUUACUGCCGAUCGAGCUUUCAAAGGAUCAAUUCAUCGUUUCCACUCGUCGCACCGGAAGAUCCACCGAUUCUGCUUUGAGGUACACACCUCGAAACAUUCGGACUCGGACUGUGAAACAGAGGCCAACAGGAAGUUGCUGGAUGAAUUCCCACAUCAUUAAAGCUCUGCAGUGAAUUUCUAGAGGAACUAAGAUUAAUCUAAUUUGUUACAAUGUUUUAGAACUACACAGAUUGUAUUGAGUUUUUUUUAAGAAAAUGUUUUUUUUAAAACAUCUGUGCUGCUGCAGUUCCUCAUGUUAUCAAUAUAGAUGUAUAAAAAAAUGUGAAUGAAGCCGACAGGAGUCUUUUUAAAUAAACCUUCAUGCAUCCUCCAUAGACAGGAUACUUCAGAAAUUUAA